AUGGCCGGAGCCCCGCGCGCCCGCACCAUGGCGCUCGCCCGCCUCGCCCUGGCUCUGCUGCUCGGGCGCUGCCCGCGGCGGCCGGCCCGACCCGGCGCUCAGCGACCCCUGCGCCCCGGCCCGCCGCGCGCCCCCGCGGGCCCCGGCUCCCCUGACCCCCGCCCCGCAGCGCCCGCCGCCCCGCCCCGUGCGCCCGCGCGCCGCGCGCCCGGGGCUGCCCCGCGGCCAGCAGGCCGCGCCCCGGACGUCGGCGCCCCGAGUCUGCCGGCGGAGCUGCCGCCCGUCCCCGAGCGGGCGCCCCCGGGGGCUCGGCUGCGCGGGCGGCGCGACCACCUCUGCGGGAGCCCCGACGGCGCGGGCGGAGCCGGGUGCCUCCCCGCGACCGGCCUCUGCGGCUGCGGGCGCGGGUCAGUGCGACUGCGUGGUGGCAAAGAUGAGUUUGAAGGCACCGUGGAAGUAUACGCAAGUGGAGUCUGGGGCGCCAUCUGUGGCAGCCACUGGGAUGAUUCUGAUGCCACAGUCAUUUGUCGCCAGCUGCAGCUGGGAGGAAAAGGAAUAGCAAAACAAACCCCGCUUUCUGGACUGGGCCAUAUCCCCAUUUAUUGGAGCAAUGUCCGUUGCCGAGGAGAUGAAGAAAAUAUACUGCUGUGUGAGAAAGACAUCUGGCAGGGUGGGGUGUGUCCUCAGAAGAUGGCAGCUGCUGUUACGUGUAGCUUUUCCCAUGGCCCCGCGUUCCCUGCGGUCCGCCUGGCUGGCGGGAGCAGCGCCCGGGAAGGGCGGGUGGAGCUGUACCGCGCCGGGCAGUGGGGGACCGUCUGCGACGACCAGUGGGACGACGCAGACGCGGAAGUGAUCUGCAGGCAGCUGGGCCUCAGUGGCAUCGCCAAAGCGUGGAGUCAGGCGUAUUUUGGAGAAGGUUCUGGCCCCAUCGUGCUGGAUGAAGUACGCUGUACUGGGAACGAGCUUUCCAUUGAACAGUGUCCAAAGAGUUCCUGGGGCGAGCACAACUGUGGCCACAAAGAAGAUGCUGGAGUGUCCUGUACCCCACUAACAGAUGGGGCCAUCAGACUCGCAGGUGGGAAGGGCAGCCACGAGGGCCGCUUGGAGGUGUAUUACAGGGGACAGUGGGGCACAGUCUGCGACGACGGCUGGACCGAGCUGAAUACAUACGUGGUUUGUCGCCAGCUGGGAUUUAAGUAUGGUAAACAGGCCCCUGCAAACCACUUUCAAGAAAGCACAGGUCCCAUAUGGCUGGACGACGUCAGCUGCUCAGGAAAGGACACCAGCUUCCUCCAGUGUUCCAGGAAGCAGUGGGGAAGGCACGACUGCAGCCACCGCGAAGAUGUUGGUGUCGCCUGCUACCCGGGCAGCGACGGGCACAGACUCUCUCUGGGUUUUCCUAUCAGGCUGAUGGAUGGAGAAAAUAAGAAAGAGGGUCGCGUGGAGGUUUUCAUCCACGGCCAGUGGGGGACAAUCUGCGACGACGGGUGGAGCGACAAGGACGCGGCCGUGGUCUGCCGACAACUUGGCUAUAAGGGUCCUGCCAGAGCGAGAAGCAUGGCUUACUUUGGGGAAGGAAAAGGACCCAUCCACGCUGACAACGUGAAGUGCACAGGAAAUGAGAGGUCGUUGGCUGACUGUAUCAAGCAAGAUAUUGGAAGACACAACUGCCGCCAUAGUGAGGAUGCAGGAGUUAUUUGUGAUUAUUUUGGCAAGAAAGCAUCAGGUAACAAUAAUAAAGGGCCCCUCUCGUCCGUCUGUGGUUUGAGAUUGCUGCACCGUCGGCAGAAGCGGAUCAUUGGUGGGAAAAAUUCUUUAAGGGGCGGUUGGCCUUGGCAGGUUUCCCUCCGGCUGAAGUCACCCCACGGGGACGGCAGGCUCCUCUGCGGGGCCACGCUCCUGAGCAGCUGCUGGGUGCUCACGGCGGCGCACUGUUUCAAGCGGUACGGUAACAGCACUAAGAACUACGCUGUUCGGGUUGGGGAUUAUCAUACUCUGGUGCCGGAAGAGUUUGAAGAAGAAAUUGGAAUUCACCAGAUCGUGAUUCACCGGGAGUAUCGGCCGGACAGCAGCGACUAUGACAUUGCCCUGGUUAGGUUACAAGGACCAGAAGAGCACUGUGUCAGAUUCAGCAGCCACGUUCUGCCAGCCUGUUUACCACUCAGGAGAGAGCGGCCACAGAAAACGGCCUCCAACUGCUACAUAACAGGAUGGGGAGACACAGGACGGGCCUAUUCAAGGACACUACAACAAGCAGCCAUCCCCUUGCUUCCUAAGAGGUUCUGUGAAGAACGUUAUAAGGGUCGGUUUACAGGGAGAAUGCUCUGUGCUGGAAACCUCCAUGAACAGAGACGCGUGGACAGCUGCCAGGGAGACAGCGGGGGACCACUCAUGUGUGAACGGCCUGGCGCAAGCUGGGUGGUGUAUGGAGUGACCUCCUGGGGACACGGCUGUGGAGUUAAGGAUUCCCCUGGUGUUUACACCAAAGUUUCAGCCUUUGUCCCUUGGAUAAAAAGUGUCACCAAACUGUAAUUCUUGGAAACCUCAAGACGGAAUAGUAUUUAAAGAAACCGAUGGCAGGAACUUUAACCUCCACUGUUAGCAGUCAGCCUGAGAUGACAACUAAUGGGGAUUGAAUCCACGUUUCUGCUUUACGUUGUGGUUUAAAUUGUGUACCUUUUGCUGCUUUUGACAAUUUGUGAUGUGAACAUUUUUGAUUAGAUACCUCCGUGUAAUACCUUAAUUAGGAUUGUUCUCUACCCAAAUUUCACUGGAAACUAAUCUUACUCUCAUUUGAGCCAUAUUUAUCUAUAUGCCUAUAUCUCAGCAUUCUCCAGGGAUUAUUCUUUAUUGAUUUUGCAAUUAAGGCUGUUUUUACAUUUAUCUGGAUUAAGAACUCCAUAUAAUUCAAUCACUAUGGUGUAUGAAUUUAUAAUAAGUGCCCACAUUUGACAUAAAAAAUACCCUUCACUACAUUCAAGAGUGGCAUUAUUUCCUUUUUUAUGCUUAGGUCUUUUCAAAAGACUUAACAAGAAAUCUUCACAUAAUCAUUAUCUCUGUAGCCUGUGUCAAAUAAGGAAAUCAAGGGCCAAAAAGGUUAAAAACUUCCAGAAUAGGAUCAUUAAGCCACAAGGACAUCUGUCACAAUACAUUUCCAAAUGAAAUGAUCCAAUUGGUAUUUGGAAACAAGUAUCCUUGUUAAGUACCAAGCACUACAGAAACCAUUGAGUAGCCUAGGCAACACAGCAAGACCCCCCCCCCAAAUUAUGUUCUAGGUACUGUGUAUAAGCUACUAGCCAAAUUUGAAAGGAUUUCUGGCAACCUGAAAACUGCUAGUUGGAUAUGCAACCUAAUUUGCCCAACAUGUUAACGUAUCUAAUCAAUAUCUAAUCAUAUCUGAUCAAUGUUGAUGUUAAAAUCAAUAUUUUAACAACCACUUCAGAUUUAACUUAGUGGAGAAUAAGAAAUGUUGGCCGGGCGUGGUGGCUCACGCCUGUAAUCCUAGCACUCUGGGAGGCCGAGGCGGGCGGAUUGCUCGA